AUAAGAACAUCUUUGGUACAGAGUGUUUUGUAAAUACAGCUAUGUUGGCAAAAUAUUGCUUGUAAAGAACGCGUGGCGCUUGUGUACAGCACCAGCUGGCAAGACUAUUUAUCCAGAAUGAACGAAACACUAAUGUUAAUCUUACUUGCGCUGCUGAUGUUAGUUGGUAGUUACAUCGCGGGGUCAAUACCAUUGAUAAUGCCGAUGUCUGAAGAAAAACUACAGAUUGUUUCCGUACUCGGCGCAGGUUUGCUUGUUGGAACUGCGUUAGCCGUCAUCAUUCCGGAAGGAGUAAGAUCUCUCGACUCUGCGGCCACCAUUCACAGUAAGAUAACCAGGUUUAAACCCUUUACUGUGGUAUUUGAGUCUUUUUCACCCGCUCAAACCAGCAAAGAUAGUUCAGGUAUACACGUCGAACAUGCAGUAAAUCCUACCGAUAUUCACUCACUAAUUGCGGUUUCACUUGUUCUGGGAUUCGUGUUCAUGCUGUUAGUGGAUCAGUGCUCUUCAUCCAGGAGUAGAGAUCUUGAGAGUGGACUAAAAUCUGCAGAGAAAAACAUCACAGCAACGCUAGGACUCGUGGUACAUGCAGCAGCUGAUGGUAUUGCACUUGGUGCUGCUGCAACAACUGCACAUGCUGAUGUUGAAAUGAUAGUAUUUUUGGCAAUAAUGUUACACAAGGCACCAGCAGCAUUUGGUCUCGUUACUUUCCUCAUGCAUGAAGGCUUGGAAAGGAAUAGAAUUCGGAAGCAUCUCAUUGUUUUCUCUUUGUCAGCACCAGUCCUAGCAAUGGUUACUUAUUUUGGAAUUGGCCAGGAAGGGAAAGAAACACUGUCAUCUGUAAAUGCAACGGGUUUGGCAAUGUUGUUCAGUGCAGGCACUUUCCUCUAUGUGGCAACAGUUCAUGUCCUGCCUGAACUGAUGGUGAGGAGUAGAGCGGCUGAGGGAGGUGUAGUAGAACAACAUAAAGGUCUCAGGACAAUGGAACUGUUGGCACUGGUGGUUGGAGCUCUCCUGCCACUCUUUCUCACUCUCAGUCAUCAUCAUUAAUUACUCUGGAUAAAUUUCUACAAGUCAUUUCAGAUGGCCUGCCAGCAGCAGGAGAAGAACAGAGUGUGUGAUUUGUCACUCGAUGUUGUUAGGCACUGCCUUGGUAGCUGGUGCCGAAGUGAACGUUUUCAUUGUCACGUUAAAAUAAAUUACACCACCUAAUGACGGUUGCUGUUGUGCCUGUGGUGGGGCACAACAUGAACUUUUUAUGUACCUGCAUAAGUGUGAAUUUGGACUGUAUGCCAUACAGUUGAAAAGUGGGUACGGGGCCUAAGCAAGAAGAUGAUGAAUUGAAAUGAAUGUUUGCAAAAUAAGUAAUUUUAUUUAUGAUUAUUCCCUUUUCUUGUGUACAGCAAAGCACAGUUAAUAAGCAAAAAAGUCUUUUUAAAUAUGUGCCUCAAACUAAAGAGAUAACACUGUUGUAGACUAAAAGCUGCAUGUUAUUGAGCCAGCAGAUGAAGUUUUCUGUUUGUAAUGAUCUUCGUUACUCAAAAUGUUAUUUAAAGAUUGAGACAAAACUGGUGUUUAAGUUUAUGGGUAUUUUGUUAGUUUGAUUCAUAGUUGGGAUUUCAUUAGAAAAUUUCAGGUUCUGGGAAAAUGUGAUUAAACCUAGUGCAAACAGUGAUUCCAGCUGAAGUAAAAAAAAAAAAUCGUUCUGUUUAAUAUUUUAUGAUUGUUGCUAAAUCCAGUUGGUUGUCAGUGACUUUCUUUCAGUUUUUUUUCCCAGAAUUUUGUCAGCAUUAAUGUACAUUUUUAUGUGGGGAAUACCUUCAUUGUUGCAUGUGCAAUUACACCUGUAUCAUUGGAAGUCUGGCAACAGUCCUGGCACAUUGCUGAGUCUUAGUGUGCGAAACAUUCCUGUUAAAGCUUUUGGUUGCUUUUCACUCUAUUGUUCCUGGGUGAUGUAUCUUGUUUCAUUUUUACAAUCAGCCAAUGUGUAUAUUUUGUGAACAUACUCACCUUUGAGAUGAAGUUCUCGUGUGUGUGUGUGUUUUUUAUACUAUAUGCAGUUAAAUGUAUUCUUUGUGCUUGGCCACUUUAUUUUAAAGGUGAACUGUGUUCUGCUUUUUUGGCAAUUGGUUUUUAUAGCCCUGGUCUCCCAUUACUGUGAUAAUUAUGUAAUUUUGUGAUUCAUUUGAUAUAUUUACAAUUUUAGUUUUCAUAUUAUUGUGGUUACUAUAUUUUUGAAAAUCGCCAAUAUCUUUUUUCCAAUUUGUCAUACUUGGCACAACCACCAUCUGCCUUCCAACGUUAUGUUGUAAUGAGCAGCAAGUGUACGUAGUAUUGUGAAAAUACUGUGUCUGUACGUGGCUGUAAGAUAAAUUCUUACUGCAUUUGUUUCUCUCAAAAAAUGAUUUUUAAUUUGUUUUCUCUUAAUGGAAAACUGAUUAGCUUUGGAUACAUUCUGUCUUUAUCAAGGCCAAAUACAUAUGACUGAAUUAAAACACAUCAGCAGUCAUGAAGUUCUGUUUAUGUUAUAAUUUUUUUAUACCAGGUAUGCAGUAUUGUAAGACAAAAUAUCGCAAAUUUCUGAAGAUUAUUUAAUGAUGAACAAACAACAUAGUUUUUUUAUUUUGUAAUGAAAUCAGCUUGUGAAGUAGUAUUUUUGUGUGUUUUGCAGGGACAUUAAGUUUAUUACAAUAAUCUACAUGUCUUAAAUUUGAGUAAGAGGUGGCACAUCUCGUGUGACCCUGGUACUAUCCGUGCAAAUACUGUUCAACAUUGGUUGUCAUUUUGUGAAAAGUAUUGAGUGCACAUGCAGUGUGACAUGCGCACAAAUCAGCACAGCUAUCCUUAAAACAUACCACAGUUUAUAGGAAUGGUUGUCGGUUUGUAAGACACAGGGUGAGCAGUAGUGAACUGUCCUGUAUUUUUUUCAUUUCAACUGGUGUGUAUGUAUGUGUGUGUGUGUAAAAUAUGUCAUUCUGUUAUUGUAUACUUUGAGUUUUAAGCGGAAUGAUACAAAAAUCUGCAAUCACUAUUUUGAAAGGGGGCUAUACUGAUGUAUAUAAGGGUGCCAGCUCUGAACUUUGCUUAUAUUGUGUUUUUGUGUCAGUCCUUUGUCACAGUUGUGUACUGAAAAAAAUGUAUGUUAGAGCAAUUUUAAAUGGUUUUUAAAUACAUCUGUGUUCCACUGUGAGUAUUUGACAGGUUACCGUGUGUUUAUAUUCUUUCUUUAAAACUUUGUUAGUUGUUAUAAUUUGGCAUAUCAAUAAUUUAAUUUAUUGAUUAUUUUUCUGUUGUACUGUCAUGAAUAUAAAAUGGUGAAAAUUCCUUCAUUGCUUGAUAUGGUGUAACAUAUUUCAUUCUCUUAGAAAUAUCUCUUGCUUAAUGUUACUCAAUUAUUUAGGGAUAUUUCUGAAUGUUGUUGGUCCUUUUUUACCAUAAUUAAUGGUAAUUAGGUACUAAAGAUGUCAAAAAUACAACAGUAGGGGUAACUGCUGUACUAAACAAUGUUUCAGUAUCUGACUUUCAGUAUUGUUCAGCUGAGUGUGUUUUCAUGCUUCAAGACAGAAAAGAGAAUUACAUAAAGUUAUUAGUUUGGUGUGUUAGUCGUCACUGAAUCUGAUGAGUAAGUGUGUUAGAUUACCUUCUGCAGCUGUUCCCAUAUGGUAUUUAUGGAAUCCUUUCAGUUUCUUUGCUGACAUACGUUGAAAUUUAUUACAUAUUACAUUUUGUUAUUUAUUUACA